AUGUCUUCUCUCCCUGAGCCCCUUCCACCCGUACGGCGGAUUGUCACCGGACAUCGCCAGGAUGGUGUAGCAGUGGUGAAGAGCGAUACCAUUGUCGCCGACAUUGCCAUAUCAGAGAAGGUUCCCGGCGGCAGGGUGGGGCCAAUCUGGAAGACGGGUCAAGUGCCCGUAGUUGACAACAAUGAUGAAACCGACGGCGCCAGUCGUGUGCCAGACGGAGAAAUGGACAUGCUCAUGAAAAGUGGGACGAACCUCCAGUACACCGAUCUCGCUCCCGGUGCUCGCGCCCCUGCUCACAGAACGUCAUCACUCGAUCAUAAUAUUCUUCUCGUUGGCAAGCUCAUAUUGGAGAUGGAAGACGGCUCGGAGACUCUCGUAGAGAAUCCGGGUGACGUGGUCGUCCAGAGGGGCACAAUCCAUGCUUGGAAGAAUCCUGGGCCUGGAUGGGUUCGUUGGGUCACGAUCCUCAUCGAUGCACAACCUGCCGUCGUGAACGGUUCACCACUCCCGCCAGUGUGGACGAAGUGA